AUGGCAGAAGUUCACAGUGCUGGCGACGACCAGGUCGGGUCAGGCCGACGAUGGGCAAAGGGGGAGCGGGGUGUGGAUGCAUACGACCACUCUGACGAUGAUGCGUCGGUCGAAGAAGAGGCGCGUGGUGCCCGCUUGUACUCGACCCAGCACCUGUGUCCCGGGCGGGUCGCCAGCACGUCUCGGUCCGGUCACUGGCUAUUGGCUCGUGGCCCCAGCCGAAAUGCGGAGAGGGUGUGCAAGAAAAUGGAGCAACUUUCCGAACUAUCUGAAUCUCCACAGAAAAAGUGCGGAAGAUCUGAUAGGUACAGCUUGCGCAAAAGUUUAGCAUGGGAUAGUGAAUUUUUCACCGGUGAAGGGUCUUGGCUCUUUGAUAGGCUUCUUAACCCUGAAGAGCUGGCUUUCAUCAAUUCCACAUAUAGCAAAGCUGUUGGAAUAAAUGAGAAGAAUAAGGUCCUCAAUUGCAUCUCUAAACAUCAGGAAGCUAAUAAAAAGAAUUCUGACAAAACUUAUCAGGUUUCUGGAGAAGUUACCUACAACGGUCAUCGAAUGGAUGAAUUUGUUCCUCAAAGAACUUCUGCUUACAUUAGUCAGCAUGACACACACGUUGGAGAAAUGACUGUGAGAGAAACCUUGUCUUUCUCUUCAAGAUGCCAAGGGGUUGGAACUCGCUAUGAUAUGCUAACUGAGCUAUCAAGAAGGGAGAAAGAAGCAAACAUCAAGCCUGAUCCAGAAAUUGAUGUUUACAUGAAGGCAAUAUCAGUGGAAGGGCAGGAGAAUGUGGUGACAGAUUACAUUCUUAAGAUCUUAGGAUUGGAGAUUUGUGCCGAUACCAUGGUAGGAGAUUCAAUGAUAAGAGGCAUUUCAGGAGGACAGAAGAAACGUGUGACAACUGGUGAAAUGCUUGUUGGCCCUUCAAAAGCACUUUUCAUGGAUGAAAUUUCAACUGGUCUCGAUAGCUCCACCACAUACCAGAUUGUGAAUUCCCUCAGGCAAUCUGUUCACAUUCUUGGGGGAACAGCAGUGAUUGCACUGCUUCAACCAGCACCUGAAACAUUCGAACUUUUUGAUGAUAUUAUACUUCUAUCUGAGGGGAAAAUUGUGUACCAGGGCCCAAGGGAACACGUUCUGGAGUUCUUUGAAUUAAUGGGUUUCAAGUGUCCUGAGAGAAAAGGAGUUGCAGACUUCCUGCAAGAAGUCACUUCGAGAAAGGAUCAACAUCAGUAUUGGGCUCAUAAGGAGGAACCAUACUGUUAUGUUUCUGUUAAUGAAUUUACUGAAGCCUUUCGGUCAUUUCAUGUCGGGCUAAAGCUAGGGGUAGAGCUCAGUACUCCAUUCGAUAGGAGUAGGAACCACCCUGCAGCACUAACAACUUCAAAAUAUGGAAUUAGUAAAAUGGAACUUCUCAAAGUAUGCACCUCAAGGGAAUGGUUGCUGAUGAAAAGAAAUUCAUUUGUCUAUAUCUUCAAAGUAGUCCAACUUAUCAUUCUUGGAUUUAUUGCAAUGACGGUUUUCCUGCGAACAAAGAUGCAUCGCCGUGACGCAGAGGAUGGAGUCAUCUUCUUGGGUGCGAUGUUUCUUGGACUUGUCACUCAUUUAUUCAAUGGGUUUGCUGAACUUGCAAUGAGCAUCGCAAAGCUUCCCAUAUUCUACAAGCAAAGAGAUCUCCUCUUCUACCCCUCAUGGGCCUAUGCACUACCUACUUGGAUACUCAAGAUACCAAUAUCAUUUUUGGAGUGUGCUGUCUGGAUUUGCAUGACUUACUAUGUCAUUGGAUUUGAUCCAAAUAUCAACAGGUUCUUCAAACAUUAUCUGUUGCUUGUUCUAAUCAGUCAGAUGGCAUCAGGACUCUUUCGGCUCCUUGCUGCACUUGGGAGGGAAAUGGUUGUGGCUGAUACUUUUGGAUCAUUUGCACAAAUUGUGCUAUUGAUCCUUGGAGGCUUCCUCAUUUCAAGAGAGAAAAUCAAGAAAUUGUGGAUAUGGGGAUACUGGUCCUCUCCCUUGAUGUAUGCACAAAAUGCAAUUGCUGUGAAUGAAUUUCUUGGACACAGUUGGAAUAAGUAUGUUCCUGAAUACACUGACACUUUGGGAGUUGAGAUUCUAAAGAUUCGUGGGAUCUUUGUCGAUGCUAACUGGUAUUGGAUAGGCGUGGGCGCACUUAUCGGAUACGUCUUUCUAUUUAACAUUCUCUUUAUUUUCUUCCUUGAUUGGCUCGACCCAUUUGGCAAAGGUCAGGCAACCAUCUCUGAAGAAACAUUGACAGAGAAGCAAGCAAAUAGAACAGGAGCAAGUCUUGAACUUUUGCCUUCAAAAGCUGAAUUAUUACCUUCACGAUCUGAUUCUUCUAAGGGUGCAGGCCAAGAAGAAAAGAUUUUCAACGAGAAAAAGAAGCAUGGAAUGGUACUCCCAUUUGCUCCUCUUGCAAUCACCUUUGAUAAUGUCAGAUACUCUGUGGACAUGCCCCAGGAAAUGAAAGACAAAGGAAUUAUGGAGGAUCAUUUGGUCCUAUUGAAAGGUGUAAGUGGAGCAUUCAGGCCAGGAGUUCUUACAGCUUUGAUGGGUGUCAGCGGAGCUGGAAAAACAACUCUGAUGGAUGUUUUAGCUGGCCGAAAAACAGGUGGUUACAUAGAUGGAGACAUUUGCAUAUCAGGAUAUCCCAAAAAGCAAGAGACUUUUGCUAGAAUUUCUGGAUAUUGUGAGCAGAAUGACAUCCACUCUCCACAUGUUACUGUCUAUGAAUCACUCCUUUACUCUGCUUGGCUACGUUUGCCUGAUGAAGUUGAUGCUGAAGCAAGAAAGGUGUUCAUUGAGGAGGUCAUGGAACUUGUGGAACUGAAGGUAUUGAGAGGGGCACUUGUAGGAUUACCUGGAGUGAAUGGCUUAUCAACAGAACAGCGAAAGAGGCUAACAAUUGCAGUAGAGCUAGUUGCCAACCCUUCUAUAAUAUUUAUGGAUGAACCAACCUCUGGGCUUGAUGCUAGGGCGGCGGCCAUUGUGAUGAGAACGGUAAGGAACACUGUGGACACUGGUAGGACAGUGGUGUGCACAAUUCAUCAGCCAAGUAUUGAUAUCUUUGAAGCUUUUGAUGAGCUUUUCCUAAUGAAACGGGGUGGAGAAGAGAUUUAUGUUGGUCCAUUAGGACGCAAUUCAUGCCAUUUAAUUAAGUACUUUGAGGAAGUAGAAGGAGUUAUGCCAAUCAAAGAUGGCUAUAACCCAGCAACAUGGAUGCUAGAGGUAACAACCCAGGCACAAGAGGGCAUUCUAGGUGUUAACUUUGCUGAGAUCUACAAAAACUCUGACCUCUACGGAAGAAACAAAGCUCUGAUCAAUGAACUAAGCGCUCCCCCUCCUGGCUCAAAAGAUCUUUUCUUUCCAACCAAAUACUCGCAAUCAUUCUUAACUCAGUGCAAAGCUUGCCUAUGGAAGCAGCACAUGUCAUACUGGCGCAACCCCUCUUAUACAGCCACACGAAUCUUCUUCACUACCAUUAUUGCAUUAAUUUUUGGGACAAUUUUCUGGAAACUUGGUAGAAAAGUGAGUACGCAACAAGACCUGUUCAACUCUUUGGGCUCCAUGUAUGCAGCUGUUCUAUUCAUUGGAAUACAGAAUGGUCAAACAGUGCAGCCCAUUGUCGAUGUUGAAAGAACAGUAUUCUAUAGGGAGAAGGCAGCUGGAAUGUAUUCUGCACUUCCUUAUGCAUUUGCGCAGGUCCUCAUUGAGAUCCCACACAUCUUUCUUCAGACCAUGAUUUAUGGUCUAAUUGUCUACAGCUGCAUUUCUUUCGACUGGACAUUAGUGAAGUUCUUUUGGUACACGUUCUUCAUGUUCAUGACCUUCAUGUACUUUACAUUCUAUGGCAUGAUGGCAGUGGCCAUGACACCGAACAGCGACAUUGCUGCCAUAGUCUCCACUGCAUUCUAUGCAAUAUGGAACAUCUUCGCAGGCUAUCUAAUCCCUCGGCCGAGGAUUCCUGUGUGGUGGAGAUGGUAUUCAUGGGCAUGCCCGGUUGCAUGGACUUUGUAUGGAUUGGUUGCUUCACAGUUUGGUGACUAUACAACCACUAUCGAAACAGGUGAAACUGUCCAGGAGUUUUUGAGGAGAUACUUCGGGUUCAGACACGACUUCUUGGGAGCGAUAGCCGCAGCCAUAACCUGCUUUGCUGUGCUCUUCGCCUUCGUCUUUGCAUUUUCAAUCAAAGUUUUCAACUUCCAGCGAAGAUAAAAAAAAAAAAAAAAAAAAAAAAAAAAAAAAAAAAAAAAAAAAACUUUUGAAGUUUUCCUUCCACAAUUUAUUCAUUCACUUUGGAAUUUGGGUUGUUGAUGAUUUCUGUACAGCUUGGUGUUUGUAAAACCUCUUUUGUUUUCCAUUUAGGCUGCUGCUCUUAUAAUGAGUGCAACAGGCGAGAAAGAGUGUGUUCAUGUAAUGGGCAUUCCUAAAGAUUUUCUGUUUUUUUUUUAACAGUGCAUAUAAAAUACUCAUUUCUUCACAUUUCAAUCGAUUAUAUGAAUUGCGAUUAUUUUAUCAUGCCUGUCAAGGUAAAUUGGCCAAAACUAGUAACUUUU